AUGCGCUUCACCAUCUCCGCCGCUGCCUUCCUGGCCUUCGCUGCCAAUGUUUUGGCCCAGAACCCUAACUUCAACCCCGUCAACAAGCCUACUCCUAACGAGAAGAUCAACGCCGGCACCACCUACACUAUCGAGUGGACUACCCCCGAUGCCUUCAAGGACGUCACCGUCUCCAUCAGCCUGAUCGGUGGCGCUACCCAGGACAAGCAGGUUCCUCUCCUUGACGUUGCUUCCGGCAUUCCCAACUCUGCUGGCAAGUACAGCUGGACCAUCCCCAGCACUCUGGGCAAGGACGCUUUCUACGGCCUGGUCGUCAAGUCUGAGGCCAACCCCUCCGUCGACUUCCAGUACUCCAACCCCUUCCACAUCGUUGCUGGUGAGGGAUCCAGCUCCGGCACCACCACCGUUACCUCCUCCGCUGGCACCGCUACCGUCACUCUGUCCUCCAACUCUGCUGCUGCCACUCCUUCCUCUUCCCGCGCUGCCUCCUCUUCCGAGGUUGUCAUUGCUGUUAACAGCACCACCGCUGUGCCCACCACCGCCGCCCCUACCGCCGCUACCCAGUCCGCCCCUGUUACCGUCGUCACCAGCGUCACCAGGCCCGCCAGCAACACCACUAGGCCCAGCACCACUCUGGCCACCAUUACCAACCCCGGUGCUGGUGCUCAGGCCACCGCUGGUGUUUUCGCCGUCCUCGGUGGUCUUGCCGUUGCCGCCCUUUUCUAA